AUGGCGUUCGGUGUAGCAAUGUGGUGUUCCCUAUUUUAUUUUUACAAAAUAAUCACAGCAGCUGAUGUAUCUUGUCAACAAGGUGUGAACUGCCACCUGCCGGACUGUUUCUGCAGUACAUUUGAACACUCCAUGGACAGAAAUGACAUCCCUCAGAUGGUGUAUUUUGGUUUUGAUGGUGCAGUGAACGAAGACGUGGCGAAACACUAUGAUUUCAUGUUCAGACGAACUCGUAUUAACCCUAAUGGCUGUCCAGUCGGAAUCACGUUGUAUAUAUCACACUUAAGUACUGAUUAUGGUGUAGUAAAAAGGUACUACAAUCGCGGAUUCGAACUAGCUGUACACAGCGUCAAUCACAGAUCCAUUACUACCGACUCAAAACUACAGCAGGAGGCUAGGGAUCAACGUGACAACAUCGCCCAGUUUGCUGCCGCACCCCAGGAUGACAUAGUGGGCUGGAGGAGCCCUAGUUUGCUGACAAGGGGGAAUGCUCAGUUUGACAUCCUACAACAUCUCAAUUACACAUAUGAUAUUUCAAUGACGUACACCCGGCUAGGAAUAGGUGAUCCGAACCCUUGGCCUUUUACGUUAGAUUACGGAUGGCCAUUUCAAGAGAGUUUGUGUACUCCGAGUUGUCCUGAUAAGAAACACAAUGGAUUUUGGGAGGUACCCGUUAAUGCUAUGAUUUUGAACGAUUUGCCUUGUGCAUAUGCCGAUGGCUGUUUCCGGAUGCCGUCCAGUGCCGACGAUGCUUACAGAUACGUCAUGGACAAUUUUCAAAGUCAUUACCAUGGUAACCGAGCGCCAUUUGGAAUCAGCAUGCACGCUUCCUGGUUCUAUCAUCCCUUCACAAGAGAUGGUUUGGAUCAAGCUAUAAGAGAAAUGUUAUCCCACAGAGAUGUGUAUAUAGUGACGGUACAACAGGUGUUGGAGUGGAUGAAGAAUCCUGUCAAACUUUCAGAUAUACGUCACUUCGAUGCAUGGAGUUGUAGUAUAAAAGACAAAAUUGUUCACGGUACACUACUGCCGAAAUUGCUGGCUGCUUUUCUCGGUAUUAUUCUGACAAGCUUUGGAGUUAUUAGUGUUAUUCUGAUAUGGAAACAAAAAUCAUCAAAAUAUGCUCCUCUAGGUGAAAUGGAAAAUACGAAUCCGGAAAACGAAUGA